UGCUUGGAGCUGUGCUAUGCCUUCUUCGCCAUGGCAGUGGUGGUGAACGGCAUCAGGGACUUGCUGCCGAAGAAGUACUCUAAGUACAUUCCUAUCCCGAUGGCUAUGGCGAUUCCUUUCUACAUCGGAGCUUACUUCGCCAUCGACAUGUUCAUCGGCACGGUGAUAGUUUUUAUAUGGCAGCAGCUGAACAGGAAGAAGUCGGAGAUUUACGUUCCAGCGUUUGCCUCGGGAUUGAUUUGCGGGGAUGGCCUUUGGGCCGUUCCUUCGGCAAUCCUGGCGCUGGCAAAGGUGGAUCCUCCCCUUUGCAUGAUGUUCUAUCCUUCCAGCGUUGCAGCAACCAUAUCGUCAAAGUUUGGGUGAUCUUUUUUACGGCGACCAAAUCUGUAAAUAGUUUCUCUACUAAGAGUUCACUUGUGAGUAUUUUUUUGUUUCUUUGUUGCUAACAUGUUCGCGAUCGUGUAGCUUGAAUGAGCUGCCAAAGACAUGCAAACAUGCACACGUUUUACGAAGAUAUAUAUCCAUCCUUCCUGCUUGUUUCUCUCAUCGGUUUCCAUUCGAGGUAGAGUAGCGGUAAGGAGUACUUAUUCCACAGGAAUAGAGCACAGGUGUUGUUCAUCUCGAUCGAUCUACAUACUGAAGAUAAAAGCCAGGGAAAGAAAUGGCUUCGCUGCUGCCAUCCAAGAGGCUCUUGUUGCUACUUUUCGUCAUCGCAUUGCUGGUUUUGAGUGGUGAUGCGGCCACCAAGAAGAAGAAGGUCAAGAAAUCUAAAGCGAAGAAGGUGAAAGCUGUUACGCCAGCUCCAUCCGCCGGUGGUAUGAGCCUCACGUUCUACAACAACAAAUGUAGCUCUUUCGCCAAGACUGUCAGUGAUGAAGUGGCUGCUGCCAUGAAGAAGGAUCCCACCAUCGCUGCCGGGCUCUUGAGGAUGCACUUCCACGACUGCUGGGUUCGAGGAUGCGAUGCUUCGGUUCUCCUCAGUGGCCCAAACUCGGAGAGGCAAGCCGGGCCAAACCUCUCGCUCCGUGGAUUCCAAGUCAUUGACACCAUCAAGAGCAAGCUCGAGAGGUCGUGCCGCGGAGUCGUCUCUUGCGCUGAUAUCUUGACACAAGCAACGCGGGACGCAGUUGUCAAGGCUGGAGGCCCAUCGUGGGAUGUUCCACUGGGAAGGAAAGAUGGACGAGUUUCCAGCGCUGCCGAGGUUCAGCUUCCUGCACCCUCCGAAUCCACCACCUCAUUGAUCAGCAAAUUCAAUGCCAAGCAGCUCUCCGUCUCGGACUUGGUGGCACUCUCAGGUGCUCACAGCUUUGGAUUCGGAAACUGUGGCUUCUUCCAGAGCAGGAUCACGUCGCGAGACCCGACUCUCAACUCCACUUACGCGCAGGAGCUCCAGAGGAAAUGCCAGACCAGUGCGUCGGUGGCCAACGAUCCCAUCACCCAGAACACGCUCGACAAUCAGUACUACAAGAACCUCCAGCAGAGGAAGGGGCUCUUCACCUCGGACGAGGGGCUGUUCUUCCACCCCCAGACUAAACCGCUCGUCGAUACCUUUGCAUCCAACCCGGCAGCGUUCGCCCAGCAGUUUAGAGCCUCGAUGGCGAAGUUGAUCACUCUGCCACCUUUUCAGUCCAACGCUGGUGGCAUUCGAACCGUCUGCUCCAUCGCCAAGUGAGAUAUUCUCGCUAUAGACGAAACACACAAUGAGCAUUCUUUUGUAGCGUGAACAAGAAUAAAAUGUGGAUUCUUUGCUUAAAACUA